AUGUCCCCUCCACGUAAAUCAAGUGGAAAUCCAGAAUGCCCUCAAUGCGGUAAACUUUUUAAAGAUAUCAACGGACAUGUUAGAAUGAUACAUAAAACAACAUUAAGUUUAUUAAAACAAAGAAAAAGAAAUUAUCAAAAUUAUAACGAAGAUCGAACUAAACAAGAAAGAAGAAAUGAUAGAUUAUAUAAUAAAACCCAAAUGAUUAAAAAAAUUGAUGGAUAUUUGAGGAUUCUCUAUAGUCAAAACGCCAAUCGCUUAAGAGAAUCUGCCAGAGCUGUGAAUGAUGACGAUCUUUCAAUUUUUCAAUCAAUUUAUUCAGAUUUUAGUAAUAUAAAAAAAAAGAGUGAUGAAGAAAUUAAAAUGUGUGAAGUCACGAACCUGAACUUGGUCAAUAGAGAAAAGAGUGACUUGAUUAAAAACUUAAAAGCUAAAAUUGAAGAUUUAAUAAGUGAGACUGAAUUAUUAAGAGAUAACUUUAGGUUAGCGGAUGCCGAAAGGAGCCAAAACACAAUAAGAAUGAAUAAUGAACUAGCUAAAAGAGAUUAUGCGAAAAGAAAAUGUACAACUUUAGUAGCACAACAUGAAAGCGAGCUAAGAAAAAGAGACAAAAGAGAAACUGAUCUUUAUUCACAAACUGAUCUUUUAAAAAACAGGGUCAAGUACUUAGAAUUACUGUUAGGUAAUGAGAGUUCAAUUUUCUUAGAGAUGAAUCAUUCUAAUGUUAUGAUUACUGAUACUCAGAGAACAAUUGAUGAUAGUGAUUGUUAA